AUGUCCGGCAGGGCGCCCGAGUCCUUUUUCAAUGGAUGCGGGAUUCACAUCGGACAAGUCUUCCAUUCAUUCACACCCCUCCCCUCCCCUCCCCCCAAACAUGACGACGCCCUCGCCCUUUGCGUGACAACCCAGUGGUACGGUUACCAUGUCCAUGAAUUUCAUGUACACUUUUCUUUCCAAAGUCAUUACCCACGAGAGAGAUUGGAGGCUCCCAUGUACACUAAUACCUACAUCAUGACUGAGAUCCUCGCACACGGAAUGAUGGUCGGUUUCAACAUGACAACUACUUCGUGGCUUGCGAGACAUGCUGCCGCUCGCAAUCUUGAGGCCUGGAUAAGAAAACAACAGGAAGAUGGGGAGGCAUGGGCAGGUGGGUCAGGAGCCCAGGCGAUCUGGUACACCCGGCACUGAUGGCAUUGGACGGGACCAGGCAGGUAAUUAGCCCUCGAGGGCAGAGGGGGAUCACUGGGGACAGCCGAGAGAGGGGACAGCCCCGAUCUUGAGGGGCCAGGGUUCAAAGGUGAGGUGCGCUGCAGAGUUCUCUGGAUACAGGGAUUCAAUGGCCGUCCCAACCACUGCAGUGUCUCUUCAUGCAGGCUCUUGGCCCAGCCUACCUCUAGUGUACUGCACCGUUCUGCAAGACCCGCCGAGACCAAGAGGACUCAGCCCAAGGCGGUUGCAGGGUCAAGGGUGGACGGAUGUUCGAUGAGAAGGAACCAAGAACCAGACUGCCAAAAGCACCCAAGUACCAUCUACACACCACGGGGCUGUGUUUGGAAUGGGUACAAGAUGUACAUAUGUAACACCAAGUAACUCCGUACCUCUCAUUCACACCCUUCUCUUCGGCGAUUUGGAUAUAUAACACGAUAGCCUCCUCCCCCCUCCCUCUUCGAGUUGCUAUCCCACC